GAGUCGUAGCAUGCUACGCGUGUAGAGUCCGGGAACUUUGCUACGAAACUUCGCCAAGUAAGUUUUCCUGUUUUUUAAUUCACUUCUUACGUUGCUACAGAAUGCUGUACUCAUCCCUUAUCCUCAUCCUCGUGAUCGGUGCGGUGACAUGCUCGCCUGAGCGCGUCCAGAAUGAAAACGACCAGAACCAUGAGCACGACGCACAUGAGGAAGGCCAUGUUGCCCAAUUGGAGAAGAGAUCGCCUCACUAUGACUUUGGAUUGGGCAAACGGGCGUACAGUUAUGUGUCGGAAUAUAAAAGGCUACCUGUGUACAACUUUGGCUUGGGCAAAAGGUCGCGACCAUACUCCUUCGGACUUGGAAAGAGAUCCGUAGACGAAGACACUGAUGAGGAUUUCACUAACGAUAUUGACCAGGCAACACAACCAGAAGUCUUUGAAUAUGAUGAAGCACCAGAGUAUGAAGUAAAAAGAGCUCGGCCCUACAGUUUCGGUCUCGGCAAACGUUUCGUAGAAGAUGAAGAAGAGGAAAAGAGAGCCAGAAUGUACGACUUCGGUCUAGGCAAGCGGCCGCAUUUAUACAGCUUUGGCCUCGGCAAACGGGCUAGGAGCUACAACUUCGGCCUUGGUAAGCGUUUGAGCAGCAAAUUUAACUUUGGGCUUGGCAAACGUCAGAGGGACAUGCACAGAUUUGGAUUUGGACUCGGCAAGCGAUCAGAGAACUCUGAGGACAGCGAAUACUUUGACGUUUAAAUGUUUAUUACUGGCGGUGCCAUUGUUCAUUUUCUUUCGACAAAAGAAGCAUCCUUCACAGUCAAGAUUGAAUCAUAAACAUAUGAAUUAAUAACGCUAUAUGUACAUUUGUUACUGACUUUAAUAUGUUGUUUGUGUUAAUUGAAUUCAGUUGCGAAAACCCCAGCCUAUUUUCGUAAUUGAAUUCCUUCAUUAACCACGUGUUUGACAUCUUCAAUUUCCUAGUUGACUUAUUAAUAAUAAACUUUAAUUUUUGUAAUAUAUGUUGUUGUAGUGAUAGAUUCUGUAAAAUAAUGUUAAUCGAUAUGCUUGUAAUUUACUAUGUGUCUACGAAUUUUAAGAUAUCCAAUUUAAAGAAAUUUCGUUUAACAAAAUUAAUUACCACGAAAUUAGCUCGUUGUGCCAAAAUUAUUUUCUAAAUGACUUUUAAAACAGUAAAUUAACUGUUUUAUUACUGAUAUCUUAUACGCAUAAAUUUCGAAACAGUAUUGUAGCGUCUAAUCUAGUUAAUUAUCAUAAAAAUUCGUGGAUUCAUCAAAACUAAGUAUUGUGAGACUAAGCUGUUUUGAUUAUAAAUGUACAUUAAAGUAUGAAAAUCUUAGAUGCAUCA